AAAAAAAACAAUUCAAUAUUUAAAAUGGGUUGGUGGGAUGGAAACAAUGAUGAUGAUAAUCAAAACAAGAAUUUUAAUAAAAAUGUCAAUUCAACUUUUAAAUCUUCAACAACUACUCGAUAAUGUAGACCUGAUCCUGAGGAUCAAAAUUUUAUGAUCUGUAAAAAUAUUGUGAAAGAAAGUUCAACUAUCAAUGGUUAGAGGAAUGAUGAAACAAAAGAAUAUGAAGAGAGAGUUCCUAUACAAUAAAAUUAUGCAAGAAGAAAUUAAUAAUUCAAUUAGAAUAAUCUAGAAUUUGAUUUUAAUUAAAUGGAUGAAGAUUUAGGUUAGUUGUUUGAGAAUUUCUCAAAUAACUUCUUUAAAAACUUUCCAUCAAUUGUAUUUGGCCCAAUGAGAGCAGAUUUUUAAAAUCCAAAUUAUGAGUAAAGAGGAAAUCAUAAUUAUAAUAAUAAUCAAUAAAGAACAUAGAAAUAAUAAUAAAAUUAAUAAUAACCAAGAAUCUAAAAGAAGAAGGAUGACAUUUAUGAUUGCUGAG